AUGGCCAUGUAUCAAGUUGCUCAGUACUGGAAUGAGUGCAUGCAGAUCGCAGACGAAGAGCAAGACUAUGCGAGUUUUAAGAUUGACGCAUUGCAGGACAGUCUCCAUCGCCACCAAUCGAAGCUUUCUGAAACUCGAUCGCGACUCGAAGAGAAGAAGGGCGAACUGCGACACAUGGAGACUUGUUACCAGCAACUCCAGGAAGAGAGCGGCAGAACGGCGGAAUGCAACAAGCAACUUGAAAGAGAGAUUGAGUCGCUGCAGGCUCACAUUCUUGAAUCAAAGGGCCGAGUGACCGAGUUUGAGAAUAAGACACGGCGAUACCGAGACAAGAUCAAUGAAGCAAUCACCGAGCAACAAAAUCUCUGGCAUCGAUCAAAGGGCUUUCACGCAACGUCAAUGGCGGAGAUUGAGAAGGAUCAUCAGCAUCGUAUGGCAGAGUCGAAGAAGAUCGAAGAGGCUCUUGGGGUCAGCCGCCAGAAGCGCGAUGAAAUGAAAAGGUGCUUGGGAGAGCUCAGAAACAACAUGGAUCAGGAACUUCAGACGAAGGACAAGGCCAUUUCCGACUUACAAUGCAAGUUGAUGGAGCAAGAGAAGAGACUUCGAUCUGAGAACGACCUCGCGGCGGCGGUCAGUCGGCAGCUGGAAGCUCAGAAAAGCACUGAGAAAACCAUUGCCGCUCUGGAAAGCAAAGUCGAUUCUGUUCUAGCGAACUCGCGCAAAGCAAGGGGCGAACUUGACAACGAUGUGUCUUAUAUGGGAGAGGCUUAUAAGAAAAUUGAAGCAUUGGUCCAGCGUCUGGAGGCUUGUGAGGUAAACAGUUUGCCUGCAGCGAUUAAGCAGACGGCACGGAGGAUGGAGAAGAAGGUCGAAGCUCAUGUAAAUGGGGCUCUACAUGCGGCAUCCGAGGCGCAUGACGCCGCAAUGGCAACUCUCCAUGGGACGGCCAGUGGCUUACAAAUGGAACUCAAUAACAUCAGCCAAGAGAUGAGUCGGCGAAACAAAGCAUUCGAGGAUGCUCAAGUCGGUAGCAACGAUGCUCAAGAACGACUCCACAAGCGGCUCGACGCCUCUCAGAGCGAUCUUGCCGCCAUGCGCCAACAAGUAGAGGGUCUCGUGAAUGAAUGGGCGCAGCAAUCGCAGGCCAAUAUCAGCCCUUCUGAAACCGAAAUUGACCUGAAGAAGAAGUUCGAUGAGCGCGGUGACACGAUCUGUUUCCUGGAACAGAAACUCCAAUCCCUCGCGGAGGCCACAUCGUUGAAGAUGACAGCUCUGGCAGAAAAGGCCCUCAAUAAUGGGCAGAACGCGCAAACUGAAUUGCGGAACGUGAUCUCGGCUUUUAAACGAUCUCUAGAGCAAGGUUUCAAGGUCGCCCAGGACGGGUCGGAGAAAAGUCUCCGCCACACUCAAACCGCCAUGGCAGCUCUGGGUGGUCAACUGCGUGCUGUCAGUGACCAGCUAGAGGCCAGAUUCUGUGCAUCGGAUGACGGCGAUACCAGUGGCACUUCGCAGCCAGCGGUACAGGAGCUCACACACCGACUUCAGGAAAGGAUUCGCGAUCUUGAAAGUCAAGUCAGAGCGACCGCCUCGUUGCGCGAGCGGUGGCAGCAUGACAUUCGGACAGUCGAUUCACUGAAAACUCAACUGAGAAGUAUCGAGGACCGGGUCCCUCAAGUGCAGGACGUGGGCAGCACCGUGGAACGAAUCGCUGAAGUGAAUCGACUACUCCAUUCCACAGCACAAUACUUGGCUGGGGAGAGACUCUGGGUUCAGAAGCACCGCGACCAUAUUUCAGCACAGAGCAAAGCCGGGAUGGUGCCCCAAGAGGUUGAGCAGCCGAAUCAAUUGGCAGCCGAUUCUGGGGAAAGCUCCUUGAUUCCCCAUAUCAAAACCAGUCUUGUCUUGGGCGAUGUGCCCUGUCUCGAGGUCCCUCUCGUUCGCGACGUCACGGUAGAAAACAGCGGCACCAAAGCUGUCCAUCCUCUGGCCCCCUCCAUUGAGCAGGAGCAGGUACGGCGGCGGGAAGGGGCCAAACCACGGCCCAUCUUGAAGGUGUCGUCGUCACAGGAGGCAGAUGAAAUUGACGCACAUCGGAACGCGGAAAUUGCGUGCAGGACGGACGGGCGCGUCAGCUUCGGAGACACGAGUUCCCUAUCCAUGGCCACCGAGAAGAUGGUUCGAGACAUCCGCAACGGGCUGCUUUCGGCUGAGUCCGUCGACUCCGUUUCCUCUCUCCCGACCAUCGCCACUUUCGAAAGGGAGAACCCGAUGCUCGACAAACGCUGGAUCACAAAGGCUGGCAGUAAGCGUCACAGGAAGGAACCAGACGAGAUGCCAGAGUUGAUGAAGAGAGUGAGGAUCGUGUCGGACUUGUCCUUCACUGAUAUUGACGCCUCUCAUGGCUGA